UGGAGUGGAGCGCAAAAUGACAGUGGAGGAGGGAAAGAGAGAUGUGGAGACAGAAGAGGAGAGGAAGAUGCAAGGAUCCGCUUCGCUGCUGUAUUUUGAAAGUCUUGCCAAGGGGACUUAGAAGAGCAUUGGUGGUAUAAAUACCCAGCAUAAACAGGAUUAAAAGAGCAACUACUGACUCCAUCAGAGAAGUGUGAAGUGAGAGAGACAAGCAUAGAGAGAGAAUAAAGUGUAAGCAUCAGGAGCACUGUGUACUGCAGUGUGUCUCUACACGCUCGCUUUACUACAACGCUCAACUUGGGAGACAAGAAGCGUCACUUCUCUGAACUCUUUUACUGGAACGCCAUCCCAUCUCUCUCUCUCUCCAUCAGACACGCUCGUACACACAAAUGGAGAAUAUGUCUUGGUGCUGAAGUAUUGCUGAAGUUCAAACUGGGCCACUGGAUACAUCUAUUUUGGUCCACUCAGUGGCACCAGUCCCACUGGACACGCACCCACACACGGACAACAUCGCAGACUUCAGGAUCCAUGGAAGAGCACAGUCCAAGUACCACCAUGAGAGGUGAGGGGUGCCGGACACGACUCUGAGAGAUGGCUGGGAGAGCGUGGUGCAUUAAAAAUACAGGUCCCCACAAGAGAUUUCUGGUCUCAGCUAGUGCUAUAAAUCAAUAGCCGUGCACUCUUCAUCAAGACAUUUCUACCCGGCUACAAACGGAAUGGCUUUCUUGAGCACUUGCUGACCAGAAGCCACACUCCAGAGGAUACUAUUUUUGUGGACGUCUGAAGUCUAUUUCGCACUGCGGCUCUGAAAAAACACUGGAUGAUUAAACAAUGUAUUUAUAUAUAUAUGCAUAGCUGAUAAAGCUGAUAAGUCUUUAAACCACCUGUCAAUGUUCUUUUUUUUAUGCUUACGCUGACACUUCCUUCAAAGCUUUUGCCACUUCAGAGAAUAUUCCUAUCAGCUUUGGACUGUCUAAAUCGCAGCUAUUUUUACUCCACUACAUAUUUAGAUAAAAGUCUCCCAUCACAGAAUUUUGUUCAAAACAUUUUGUCUGAAUGAGUGACAGCAGAAGGGAGGUUCACUCUUAAAAUCUUAACAAUUUUACAACCUGUCUACAGUCUGUUGCUAAUCAUGGUUUUCCGUCAUCAGAAGUGACUUCCAUCUUUUUUCAUGCAAAAUGAAACACAUUAGCAUAUUUAUGGGCUGAGAUAUAUCCAAACGUGUACAACGUGCUACAUGGAUCUUGCAUUCAGUCAUCAAGCGAAGGAACAAAUAGCUUCUGAGAUGUGAAGAAAAUGGAACAUUCAAGAGCUCUGUGCAUUUAAACACAUGGACUAAAAUCACAGGGUUAACUUGGGAGGAGAUGGAGGAGCACAUGAGUUAGUUUCCUUGCUAAGGUUAAUGCUUGUAUCUGUGUGAAAUCAACCUUAAAACUAUUUAAAUUGUUGUUACUGCCAUCAUAUAAAUGACAUAUUCAUGAAAGUAAAAUUGUUGGCCAUAUCAGCCGGAAAGCAUUAGUUGGUGUCAGAUCCAGAUCCUGGAAAAUGGAGAAUCUAGAUGAGCUAGAACAUCCAUUGUUGGGUGACAGCAGCCCCAAAAACUCAAGUGGAACAGGCAAUAGUGGUAGUGGACUGUUCAAAAGCAUGUUGAUGAGAAAUGAGGAGGACAAAAGACUGCUCCCUCUGGACUGGAGGAAUUAUUGCAGGUCUACAGACAGUCAACAGCAGCAGCUACUGGAUCCAUGUUCAUUGUCUAGCACUCUAGAGACACUUUAUCCUCCCACUACCAUUUGGGCUGCUGCUGACUCCUUGGGCAUCCACAGUAAGGAGUAUUUGGAAACCACUUUUGUGGACAUUGGCCCCGGUUCACCAUUGGAAAGGAAGUUACUGGCAGAGACAAGAGAUGUCCAUAGUGUAUCCUACAGCAUAGAAGAUGGGGAUGACCUUUUGCCAGACUUUGAGGACUCCUCCAGUGAUGACUUCAGUGAUACAGACAGUGAAAGCAACUUUCCCAUCAUGAUCCCCCAAGAUUACCUGGGCCUGGCUUUCUUCUCCAUGCUCUGUUGUUUCUGGCCUCUGGGCAUUGCUGCGUUCUAUCUUUCCCAAAAGACGAACAAAGCAUCAGCACAAGGAGAUUUCCAGGGUGCCAGUGCAGCUUCUCGGCAGGCUCUGUGGCUCUCUGUCCUUUCAAUCGUGUUCGGCAUCAUCACUUACAUCUGCGCCAUCGCUGCCCUGAUCUCCUAUCUGUCUGGGAAACCACCUUAAAAUCUACUGUAUCAGUAUCUUCUCUCAAUUCUUCCAAAAACGCACCUCCCUGGUUCCCAAUUACACAAACCACUGCUCCUUACAUACGUACAUUCAUCAACACCUGUAAUAAGUACAUUCAUUUGGCAGAGACACCACCUUUGUAACAUUUUCACAAGUUCACAGCUGUCAUAUUAGAUUAAAAAAAAAUAGCAAAACACUACAUUUGGAAAGUGGGUAGAUUUCAAAUGAAAUCUUGAAAAAAAAUAUGACACCUCCUUCAGAAAGAGAGACCUGUGCUCUGUCUUGGCGCUUGUGUCUAAGUUGCCUGGGGAGGGAGUGAUUUGAGGCCUAAGGGUUUGUUAGAAGGGAACUAGACAAGGAUUGCAAGAUCAGGAGAUCACAAUGGACUUGGCUGUGAAACAGCGGGACGUGCCCUCCGAGACACAUCUCGAGCGAACUGGGUCAUUUUCUAUCUGAGCUCUAAAAAAACAUUGAUUCACUCUCCAAAUUGAAAACACCACAGAAAAUUACUUUAGAACUCAGUUAGAAAUCGUCAGAUAGAAAACAUGUAUAAUUUCAGGCAGAUUCUGCAAAUAUGAGGAUGCAUAAGUAUGCACAGGCAAAAGUUCAAUGCGACGAGGGAAGUACACACAUAUACGCUACAGCUUUCACUGAGUCAUCAUGCCUUUAUGACAAGCUUCUCCUGCAGGACUCUAUUCAUAGCUUGAUAAAUGUAGACCCUACAUUUUCCACCUACUGUACCAACAUAACUGUAUGGAGACACUUCAUAUGAUUUAACUGAACCAUGCCUGCAAACUCUGGACUGGUAAAAAAAAAAAAGGUGGUGAAUCAGGAAUCAGACCACCAAACAUUAUUACAAAAAAGAAAAAAAAAAUAAAGAAAAAAAUAAGUUUUCUUAACUGCUAAAGUUCAAAUAUAAGUUUUGAUAAAGUCUUAUUCAAUGCUAAACCUUAUUUCAGCCUUUAAACCAUUUUUUAAGAAAAAGGAUUAAUCAAAAUUGUUAUGUAAUUUAAAUAUAACUGUUCUAAACAAAAACGGCAAACAGGCUGAAUGAAAAUUCAACUCUCUGACAGUAUAGGUGAUGCUUAUGAAAAGCAGAAAUUCAGCGGUUACCCCUGUACACACAAAGCAAAUGUGCAUUUUAAACACCAUUUUAUUGACCUUCUACAGAGGAGGAAAAGAAAAUGCCAUUAAAACUCCGGAAAAAGUCAGAUCCCUUUAAACAUACAUUCAGUGUUGCCCAAAAGCAUUGAGUUUGCAGGUAUGUAAACAUCUUUAAAUGACAAGACUGUAAUUUAUAUUCAUUCUGAAGUACUGAACAUAUAAUAUGUAUGAUUUGUAAAUGUGAAAUAAAGGGUAUUUGCCUGCC